CUUCACAGGACGAUAAACGUGUUUGCACAUUCCCAGGAUGCUUUGUUCCUUAGAGCCACGUCCUGAUGCAAAGGCUAAAGUGGAGUCCUGGAGUAAGGGAACGGGGCGGAGAGUUUCUGCUUUUAAACAGUCUAUGCCUCUCCGGUCACGUCCCACAUGGUGUUUCUCAGAUGCCACCUGACCUGAUGUUAUACAGCAAGACCCGAUCAUCUUUACAAAGGAGGAGAUAGUUGGAUUGGGUGGAGCAAUGGCCUUCCAAUGCUGCUUCGUCCUAGGGAAGGUUCUUCUGACCUUGGGACUGGUCCUUUUCUACUAUUGCUUCUCCAUCGGCAUCACUUUCUACAACAAGUGGCUGCUCAAGAGUUUCCAUUUUCCUCUCUUCAUGACACUUGUGCACCUCAUAAUGAUCUUCCUGCUGUCCGGAUUCAGCAGAUUGCUUGCGGCUUGUUACACCGGCCACCCACGGGUCAUACUUCCCUGGAAAGACUACCUCAAGAAAGUGGCCCCCACAGCACUGGCCACAGCCCUUGACAUUGGACUUUCCAACUGGAGCUUCCUGUACAUCACUGUAUCUCUGUAAGUCAUAAAGCGGGGAAGGCGGGUGUUUGGAAUGAUGGCGAGCUAGAGGCCAAUGGGAUACUGAAAUCCCUUCAGAAAGGUAUUACAGCUUGUGGCUGCAUCAGGUGGCCUAAACCGCUGUUGUGUCCCCCAUGGCAGCUGUAAGAAUGCAGUACAAGAGCAGAAUGCAGCCUACUGUAAGGCACGGCCUUGUUUGCUGCCUACCAAAACCCCUGCCUUCAUAUAUUUAUUGAUUUUGGCAGCUGGAUCCUGUGUAAUAUACUUCCUUAGUCAGUGAAUGGAGCAGGAGUAUGAAUCCUUAUGCAGAUGGUGAUACUAAAGGGUGGUUCACCUUUAAGUUAACUUUUCUAUGUUAUAGAAUAGCCUAUUCUUAGCAACUUUGCAAUUGGUCUUAAUUUUUUAUUUUUUUUUAUAUAUUUACCUUCCUUUUCUGACUCUUCUUCCCAGCUUUCAAAUGGUGGGGUCACUGACCCCAGCAGCCAAAAAAAUUUUAUUGUUAAUUUUUUAUACUUUUCUGUUUAGGCCCCCCUUGGUUGCCAAUUUAGCCUAGCAACCAGGCAGUGGUUUGAAAGAGAGACUGAAACA